CUUUAUAUACAUGUACUUAUAAUCUAUGCUCCUAACUUCAUUAACUUCCUACUCUUUCAUCUAAAUUACUAUACUUUACAGUAAAAAUGUCGUUAAUACCAAGCUUUUCUAGCGGCCGGCGAUCGAACACAUUCGACCCUUUCUCUCUAGACAUAUGGGAUCCGACCGAGGGCUUUCCAUUCGGCACCUCGAUCACGAACACGGCCUCGGGUAUGGCGGUAGGAGGGUUCGCUAACACCCGAAUUGACUGGAGGGAGACGCCGGAAGCACACGUGUUUAAGGCGGAUCUUCCGGGGCUAAAGAAGGAAGAGGUGAAGGUGGAGGUGGAAGAUGGGAAGGUGCUCCAGAUAAGUGGAGAGAGGAACAGGGAGAGUGAAGAAGAGACUGAUAAAUGGCACCGCCUCGAACGUAGCUCUGGACGGUUCAUGAGGAGGUUUAGGUUGCCGGAGAAUGCGAAGAUGGAUGAGAUCAAGGCUAAUAUGGAGCAUGGUGUACUUACUGUCACUGUGCCUAAGAUGCAGGAAAAGCAGCCUGAGCUCAAGUCUAUUGAUGUCUCUGGUUAAUCAAACUUAAUUACAAGGGCUAAAUUAUAUGGCUAAUAAAUAAUAAUAUCGUGGGUUUUUCACCUAUUGUAACUACGGAGUAAUUAAGUACUACUAGCAUGUAUUGUAAAAUAGUUGUGUACUAGUAGUCAGUAUGUAUACGAAGUUAGCUAGUCUCAAUGUUGGGUGAAAAUGAGGCUAUAGGAGCAUUGCAAAUAUGCACGAAUGUGUAAUGUUGUAAUUUAAAUCUAAGUAGUGUAUUUUGUGAUGUAUUUACUAUCUAAUCACUUUAAUAUAUGGUUGGUAUAUUACUGAUUUA